AUGUCUUUUGAUUUUCUCAGCAACUUCAAUAAAUUGUUGGAGGAAUGCCCGGAUAACACGGGCAAAGUUCCCUCAUCCAACAAAUCUGCAGACUUGGAUUCGGUGAUUGGGUCAAUCGCUUACGCCCAUCUCAACAAUCAACUCGCAAACUUUGAUCGAACCUGCCUUCCAAUUAUCCAAAUCCCAAGAUCGGAUAUUCGCAUUCGUCCAGAAUGCGUUUAUGUAUUUGAAGACUGUGGUUUCUCUGUGGAUACCCUGAUUUUUAUUGACGACAUAACGCCACACAUUGACAAAUUAUUUGCGAACUAUGAUAUUCAGUUGGUUCUCGUUGAUCACAACGAACUAAUUGGCGUCUGGAAAAAUUUUUCGCAAAAUGUGGAGGUAAUCUUGGAUCAUCACGAAGACAAAGGUUUACACAUGAAUGCUAGGUUAAGAUGCGUUGAAAAUGUCGGAUCAGCCACAUCUUUGGUUGUACUGAAUUUCAAAGACCGAUGGGAGAGAGAGAGUGAUGACGCAAAACUUGCUAAAUUUUUUCUGGCUCCAAUCCUGGCAGACACAAUCUUUUUAGAUGUCUCCAAGGGUAGAACCACAAACAAAGAUCAGAUGGCAGCGGAUUUUCUCCUCAAUUUUCUCGAACUUUCGGAAAAUGUGAAUGUCUUCAUCAAGAAUUAUUAUGAUAAAAUACGGAAGGCAAGGUUUGACAUAUUUGACCUAUCAAAUUUCGACCUUUUGCGCAAAGAUUAUAAGGAACGAAAUAUCGAAAAAUAUCGUGUAGGAAUAAGUAGCAUUGGCUGGAAUGUGGAUGCCUGGAUUAAACGUGAAGGUCUCGAAGUCUUGAUUCGUGGGUUGAAAGAAUAUUGUCAAACGAGGGAAUUGGAUCUGUUGAUUGUGAUGCUGUCAUUUGAUCAUGGGGGGUUUCGUAGGGAGAUGAUUAUUUGUUCGGUGAAUGGUCCGUUUUGUAGGAAAGAGGUUCUAGAGGAAUUUAAGGCGAAAAUGAUGGGCUUAGAGAGACACCCUGUUAUGGAUAACGACAUCGACGAGAUGGAUGUAGGAUUCUAUGUCCAAAAGAAUCCUAAUUUAUCGCGAAAGCAAGUUUAUCCAAUUGUCGAGAACUCAUUUUUGGGUAGACGGCAGUGA